CAUAUAUCGUCUGCUUACGUUAAGUUACUGGACUUUCGCCGAAGCAGAAGUGAAUAUUCAUGAUGAAAUUCGUCUAUUGGUCAGUAAGAUCAGACGGUCCGCUCAUAAAAAAAGAACUUUUACUUGGGAAUGAGGAAUCGAUUCCAGAGCCUGGAGGUCCAGAGGUUCUUGUCCGUAUCAAGGCGUGUGGCCUCUCGGAUGUUGACUCAGAGCUUCUACAGGCCUUGGGACAGACCAGACAGGAGGUACCAUGUGGGCUACAAAUAGCGGGUAUUGUUACAAAAGUUGGGUCAUCAGCCACCAGGUUUAGCGUCGGGGACGAUGUCGUCGGGCUCCUCCCCAUGGAUACAUCCUCAUCUGGAUGUGCAGAGUAUUGCAAUGUGAAUGAGAAUUAUUUGGUGAUAAAACCCGAGAAGGUGAGCUACAGGGAUGCUGCCAGCUGUGCUGGUGAGGGGUUGAAAAUGUAUACUGCUCUGCGCUAUCUUGGUCAUCUGCAAGGUGGAGAAACGAUUCUUAUCAUGGAUGGCGCCCGGCCUGCAGGAUAUAUUGGCAUUCAGUUGGCCCAGGGCUGGGGUGCGAAGGUCAUCACGACAGCAGCUUCAGAAGAAGAAAGAUCUUUCCUUGAGAAUAUAAAACCCGAACUCACCCGUGUCAUAGACGCCAGUGGAAGUAAAAGGUUUGCCAUCCUUAAUGAAUGCUUAGAGGAUACUGGUGGUCUAGGGGUAGAUUGCAUCCUGGAUAACGGAGUGAAUAUGUAUCCCAACGAAAUGGAUGAAGAAGGAAGUAAGUCCCCCCGAUCAAAAAGGAAAUGUGACCUUCCCGAGAAGCACGAGGUCAUCUCGGCAUUAGGGGUCGGAGGACGAUGGAUAACGUCACAAAGAGACCUACAGCUAGAUCCACCAGACUCGAGGCUUCUGCAGCUGAAGUGUGCAAGCGUUUGUUUCCUCAAUGAAGCCACCUGGACCCUAUCAUCGCACAAACUUGGAAAGUACUUGCAUAUUCUUAAAGACAUCAUGGCCAAGCUACACCAGGGACUACUAAGACCACCAGUCGUGACAUCGAUAGCUUUAGAAGACGUCCCACAUAAGUACCUUGAUCUUCUGUCAUCAGCGGGCUGCAAGAAAAUCGUCAUGGAAAUGAAGUAAACAAAAUCAGAUCAGAGCACUACAUGGUCACCUACUUCUUCCUUAUGAUGAUGAAUUGAAUUAAGACUCAUUGAUGCUCGCAGAAAGAAACUGAAUAUGCAGUAGUUUACAUGAUCACUUUGCGUAGUAGACAUGGUAAAGUAGAGGGAUGACGCCAUAUUUUCCGAAUCAAUUUUAGUACAUUUAGGUUACUGCAAUCAUUAAUAUGCACUUUUGCUAGGUGAAUGUUUGCAGGCAUAACCUUCAGCACACUUUUACAGUUUGUUCCAAAUAUUCACAAAGCGUUGCUAAAAAUCUAUUAUGAGUCACGUCACACGAGGUUUAAAUGUAAACCUUUAAAUUGUAUUUAUAUUGCAAUAUAUAUUAAUAAUUAUUAGGGAGGAUGAAACCUGAGAAAAAAUUCCAUGUCAAUGAAUUGGGAGAGAGAGCGAGAGAGAGGA